UCCAGAAUUAACUAGAUGAAAACGAGUGUGUAAAACUGUAAUUCUAUUUCUACAAACGACGGUCCUUCUCGUCGUUUCAAAUCCAACCGCCUAACCGACUCGUUGUAACGAACGCCUGAACAUCGACAAACCACGUACCGCCACCUGUCUACUAUUUCCCGCUAAAACGAAAACCAGCCCUCUCUAAAUUUACAUACAGUGCCACUUUCAAUCUCUCACUCGCACUCUGCAACCAACAGAAUCACUCACUCACUCAAAGAAAAAGACCUCCUUUGAUUCUUGAAGCUCUCCAUACCAUCUAUCAAUGGCCGCACUGCUGCUCGUCUCCCUCAUCCUCCUCUCACUCCUCUCUCUCUCCUCUUCCCUCCCCAACCAAGCCGUCCUCGACGCCGCCGAAAUCCUCUCGGAUUCAGGCUUCGUCUCUAUGGCUCUGACUCUCGAGCUCGUCUCGCAGUCCCUCCUCCCACAGUCCCCUUCUCUCACCAUCUUCGCUCCGCCAGACACCGCCUUCACCCGAUCGGGUCAGCCCUCCCUCUCUCUGCUCCAAAUCCACUUCUGCCCUCUCCCUUUGCCCCUCCAGACCCUCAAAGCCCUCCCCGCCGGCACCAAGAUCCCAACUUUGCUAUCUGGGCACUCUCUCAUCGUCACCACACCCUCCUCCGGCGCCCCAAUUUCACUCAACAACGUCAAGAUUACAUCCGCAGGGCCCCUUUACGAUGAUGGGUUUUUGAUCAUUUUCGGGGUUGAUAAAUUUUUCGACGCCAAUUUUCAGGUUCCCAUCCCAAUUCGGAGCACCGUUCCAGAUCCGGUAUGUGGGUCUUCGACAUCGUCAUCGUCAGCGAACGUUACAACCACAAUUGGGUUUCCGGGUGCUUCUUGGUUUGAAGGAUCGAGUGCGGUUCUGAGGUCAAAUGGGUACAAUGUCAUGGCCUCGUUUCUUGAUUUACAGCUUGUGGGGUUCAAGAACCCGAAUUCGAUGACUGUCUUUGCUCCUCUUGACCAAGCAAUUGAGAACCCUCUGCAAUACCCUUCCAUCUUUCUCCGACAUGUCGUUCCCUGCCGGCUUUUGUGGAGCGAUUUGGUGCGUUUCAACGACGGGACUGUUUUGCCGACGUAUAUGGAGGGGUUUACUAUCACCAUCUCCAGGUCUGGUGACGUGUUGUUGCUUAAUGGAGUUCCGGUUUUCUUUGCGAACAUGUACUACAGCGAGUCCUUGGUUGUUCAUGGUCUCCGUGAGAGUCUUGUAAUGCCAGAGACGCCAGAAGUUGCAGAUGAGUCUUCACCUGAGAGUGGAACCAACGAUGAAGUGCCUUUUGAUAAUACUGAGUUUUAAGAGACUUUGAUAAUUUGCUCUGGUGAAGAUGAAGAUCUUCAGGAAGUGUUGUUUCUUACAAACAAGUGUCUGUUUUCUGAAGAAUUUUCUUUUGUCAAUAGCUUUUCUUGUAAUAAGAUGGAAAGAUGGUUCUUUUUGAAGUUUGAUUUUGUGGAUAGGCCGUCUCUUUUCCUGUAUAUCUGAUUGUGAUUCAGAAAUGUAGAGAUAGGCAUUCAGUGAAGAUUAAAGCCUUCAAAAUU